UAAUAAGUUCAGAAGGUUCACACAGGAAAAGUUUGCUUUCUGAAUAUUGGAGGAUUUCUCUUUCUUAAAUUAAGAUUUAGCCCUAACUAUAGAUUAUAAAACGAUGAAUUAGUUCCUAUAAUAACAACAACAUACAUGAGACAUGCUCCCGCAUUGGAAAGUCGUAUGAAAUCCCUUUUAUUUACUUCUGCGCUGAGCCUUUGAUGACCUUUCAGCAGAAACCCGCACCCACCCCUCCCCAUGCAAAGAUUACACAUUUAUUUCUCCUGGCAGUCUGCAGUUACUCCCAUCGUGUCCGGGGAGUACAGUCACCACCGGGACAGAGCGGCGAUGGCAUCCCGGGUCUCCUUCACCCAAAUCCGCCUGGAAGCGGAGCUGGAGCGGUACCGGGCCGAGUGCCAGUGGGACAAGAUGCCGGCGAUCAUCGACCAGAUGCACGCUGCGCGGUUCCACGAGGACGAUGACUACGGGACGCUGCUGAUGGCCGAGGCGCUGCUGGAGGAGUGCCUGCAGGAAAACAUGGACCUGUUGCGGAGCUCCACACCUUUGAUGGACAAGACCCAGCCCGGACUGUGCCGGGCCAAAGGCCACCUCAACACCAUCCUCAGCCGAGGCCGCCUCACGCCCAGGUACUUGAACGAGGCUCUGCUGCUGAUGGCCAAAGUGCACUAUGUGCAGGGUCGCUACCGGGACGCCCAGGGAAUGUGUGCCAGGGUGGGACUGGAGGAGCUGACAAGGGACGACCAGCCGACCUACCACCUCCGCCUGCUGGCCGAGGCUUUUGUCAUUAAAGGUCUGUCUCUGGACCACCAGACACUUUCUGCAGUGUCUCGUGUCCGUCUGUCAGAGAGGGAGGAGGAGAGUCUGUCCUGUUUCCUCAGGGCCUGUGAUGCCGCUCUGUCCUACCUGCAGGAGCUUGAUAAGAUAGUAACGACACCCCACCCCAAGACAGCCAAAGCCAGUCUUCUUCCUCCACCUGUGGACAUGGAGCUGGGAUACUUCAUCCAGGGGGCAUUACAGAGUGCUUACCUUUGCCUGCUGCAUAGGGGUCAUCUUGCACAAGGUGCUCACCAACUGCGUAGGGUGCUCAGGGUGGUGGAGUCACGAGGGUCUCAGAGCUUCAGGAAGUCUGCAGCGAGGAAGCUAGCAGAGGUGCUGCUGAGCUCCGUGAGUGAGGACAGCUACUGGCCCCCGUUGGGCCCUCCACCUUCAGCCUGGCUCCACAGAGAGGGAGCCGCCGCCUCCAAAGACGCCAUCUACCCCACUGUUAAACCACCGCAACGUUACAGCACUGACUGUUGCUUCUGUCCUCAGGACGUGGUGGAGGAGGCUGUGUUGCUGCUGCUCAUCACGGAGUCCAUGACCAGUGGCGAGGCGGUGAUCAGUCGUCUGCCAGACCAGGCCGAAGCUCGCCAGGCCAGCCUGCAGGAUGCCACCUCUGUCUACGACCUGCUCACCAUCGGCAUGGCCAGGAGGGGGCAGUACGCCAUGCUUUCUGAGUGUCUAGAGCGAGCAAUGAAGUUUUCAUUCAACGAGUUCCACCUCUGGCACCAGCUGGGCCUGUCACUCAUGGCGGCCGGGAAGGGAGUUGGAGCUGUGUCUGUAUUUAAAGAGUGUGUCAAGAUGAGACCAGAGGACCCCUCGUUGCCCCUAUUGGCUGCUAAAGUCUGCAUUGGUCAACUGCACUGGUUCGAGGAGGCGGAGGCUCUGUCGCAGAGCGUGGUGUCUAUGGGGGAAGAAGCUGGAGAAUUUCUACCCCGGGCCUACCUGGCUCUGGGUCUCUGCUGCAGUCUGCAGGCCUCUGAGGCCACUCUGAAAGCUGAUCGUAAUGAAUUCAACAAGAAAGCACUACAAGCUUUAAGCAAGGCUCAUUCAUUAGACCCCCAGGAUGCGCAGAUUGCUAUGUAUCUGGCUCUACAGCUGGCCCUUGUGCGGCAGGUAUCAGCAGCCAUAGAGCCCCUGCAGGCAGCUUUGUCCCUCUGUGGGGACGACUUACACUCCCUCCACCUGCUGACCCUGCUGCUGAGCGCCCAGAAACACCACCGUCAUGCUCUGGACACCCUGGGCCUGGCCCUCAGCCAGCACCCCAGCAACUUCAACCUCUUGUUCACAAAGGCGAAGCUUGAAGAGGCCCUCUUUGGCCCGGCUGCAGCUCUGCAGACCUGUGAAGAAAUGCUGCAACACUGGCAAAGCCGCUACGAUGUCAGCCGCUCCAGUGAGACAGACGACAGCAGCAGUAUACCGAUGGCUGAGAGGUCAGAGGUCAGCCCUGGAGCCAGGAAACCCUCCAUCCACCUCACCCUGCCUGACUUCCAGGACGCCUCCACUGGUUCGCCGAGCCCUUCGUCAGUUGCAGCGUCUCGUCUGGAGGCGGCACUCUCCGAGGUGUCGGACAUCAGCUCCACCCGUCGCCAUGGACCCACCUAUAUAUGGACCACCCUGGAACGCAUUUGGUUGCAGGCUGGGGAGUUGUUCAUGGCGGACGGUCGACUGAAGGAGGCCCAGUUCUGCAUCGCCGAGGCCAACGCACUCUUCCCCAACUCACACUCGGUGCUGCUGCAGCGGGGCCACCUGGCUGAGCUGCGGGGCCAACUGGACGAGGCCAAAGGCCUGUAUGACGAGGCCCUGGCCAUCAAUCCCACAGGAGAGCGCAUACUCGUGCACAUGGGUCGUCUGCUGGUGAAAACUGGGCGUUUCCACCUUGGCGAGAAGGUCCUGCGUGAUGCGGUUCAAGUCCACAGCACCUCUCACGAGGCGUGGAGUGGCCUGGGCGAGGCCCUGCAGUCUCGGAACUCCAGCCAGGCCCCAGACUGCUUCUUGACAGCCCUGGAUCUGGAGGCUUCCUGCCCCAUCCGGCCCUUCACCAUCAUCCCCAGGGAGCUUUGAAGGGCCUGGGCUGGGAUGGAGGUUUGGGUUAGGUUUAAGGCCUGUAAGUGGCCUGUUGCUGGGUAAUUAUACAUUGAUGCAGAUAAACUGAAAAGCAAUGCUGGGUCGAAAAUGUUCCUUUAAUCAGAAUAGAUUGGCAUUUUGGGUAAAUUCCCAUUUGCUUUCUUGCCAGGAGCAUAAUGAGAAGAUUGAUACCACAUGAAGCUACAGCCAGGAGACAGUUAGCUUAGCUUAAGAAAUAGUCUAGCACAUAACCCCGAUAAAACCGCUAUUUGUUGUUUUUUGCACUUCGGUUUAUGUGUGAAUUAAGUUAGCACGAUAUGUAGUAUUGUAUGUAAUUAGUGAGCUGAAGAGAUUAAGGUCGGCAGACUUUUUGUAGUCGCACAGGCUAGCUGCUUCCCCAUGGUUCCUGUCCUUGCUAAGCUAAGAUAAACCUGGAUGUAGCUUUGUAUUUAAUAAGAAGGUAUGAAUGUGGUCUAAUCUAACUUUCAGCAAGAAAGCAAGUACGUGUAUUUCCCAAAAUUCACAGUAUUCCUUUAACAGGUUUGUCAAUAACAAGACAUGUGUAAAUUACUUUUUCACUUUCAGUGACUUACAUCGUCACCCACCACAUUACGUCAAAUCUCAAAUGUCUUAUUGUCUCUAAAUUUUCUAAAUACUGAGCAUUCUUAGCAUUCAUUCUUAAUAAGUUAGCUAUCAGAUGAAAAAUGACAGAAAAUGGCAUUGAAUAUUUACACUAAAACACUGAGAUUAAUAUUGGAUAUCAGUGCUGUUCGUGCAGUAAAGCAACAAGGGAUUCAGAUUUUUGCAUAGCGGUGCAUGGAGAAAAUAAUGUUAUAAUGUAAGUACAGUAACAAUGUGCAUCUCCUGUGGAGGAAGUACAGAAGAGAUAGCUCUUUUGCAGUUACCGACAAAUGAUGAGUAAUAUCUUUAAUAAUCAGAGCCGUUGGGUAUCACUUUAAUGGUUCGUAGAUGGCAGAGAUGUGCUGGUUACAUCUUGAGAUAGAAUGUGUGUAUUGUGUCAUGUGUGGAAAUGCAGAUGCAUUGAUCAUGUAUAGACUGUCAUUCACAGCAGCAGCUCCACUUCAUCUUCAUCUUAGCCUUUGAUGUAUUUUUGAUUAUGGUGUUGAUUGACGCAGCUUUUAUGUACACACAAACACCCCCACCCCCGCUCACAUUCAAAUGAGAGCUCAUGCAUCCUCCGACAGGGACCUUCGCAUGUCAUUCCAUACGUCAUUAUCAUGUAUGUGUGUGCCUAUGUUCGUGUGCGUUUGUCUUAAACCAUCCCAACGGGGUGUUAUCAGUCCCGGUUCUGUCUGUUUUGUUUGUACGGCACAGUAGGCGACUCAUCUGCUCAUAAUGUGUGUGUUGUUUUCCUGUUUUUUGUGUUUUUUUUGUGACUCAUCUGUUCGUAAU